CCGUCGGAGAUCUCAUAGGCCUUUCAGUUUCCACCAAAACUCAUUAUGAAAAGCUUCAAUUGAUGAAACCAACGGAUAAAUACAACGCUGUUGACAUCCUACUCAUGUCGGCGCUCGACAAGAUUGCCUUCUUGCCAUUCGGAUACUUACUGGACAAGUGGCGCUGGACCAUCUUUACCGGAGAGACGCCUUUCGACAAGAUGAAUGAGAAAUUCUGGGAGUACAGGAUAAAAUACCAAGGCGUGUCGCCUCCGAUAAAGCGUAAUGAGUCCUUCUUUGAUGGUGGAGCAAAAUACCACGUGGCUCUCCAUGUUCCAUAUCUGAGAUACUUCGUGGCGUUCAUCCUUCAGUUCCAGUUCCACGAGCAUUUAUGCACAGUGGCAAAGAAGAUCGACGAUCAGCAUCCGUUUCAUGAAUGCGACAUCUACGGAGAGAAAGCCGCUGGUGAUGUUCUCAAAAAGGGACUGUCGCUGGGUCGUUCUAAGCCUUGGCCCGACGUCCUCGAGAUCAUGGCUGGCACGCGGCAGAUGUCAGCCUCGUCCUUGAAAAAGUACUACGAGCCACUCGAGAAAUGGCUUGACGAGCGCAUCAAGAACGAAGAGGUCGGAUGGGACAAGGCCAACGUCCAAGACUACAUGGGCGUGCCAUCAUUCGCCAACAAGGUCGAUCUUUCAGCAGGCACUGUCCUUGCCUCUAUCGUGGUCGUCCUGUCCUGCUGGAAGAACAGCUCGUUAUGAUGCAACAUUCACCGGAUGCCACCAGCCUGCCGUCGCCGUUGAGUCAGAAUAUGGCACCCUGAAAGCUCGCGUUGCUGUUGUCUAUUGCAGUGGUAGCAUCAGAUUGUUAUCUUAUAUGAAUAUUUUAUGUCCUCGACCUCAUGUUCACGCUUCACUAUCAUUUUGCUAUAAAAAAAGAUGACUUAAAUCAUGCCGUAUCAUUCUACAGGUUUUCACGCAUGCAUCUUUUUUCGAAAACCAUAAAUAUGUUGGUGUAUCUAGUCCUUUUCUUGGUGUUUUAUUGCUUCAUUAUUUUUUAUCAUCAGAAACCUUUAAAUCACAGCAACCCAGUUUUCUGGAAUCCAGAAAUAUGCAACUUCUAUUUCAGAUCUUUAAAUCAUAUUUCAAACAAAAUCGUAAAUAUCCACACGCAAUUUCUUUCUUUCUUUUUUUUUUGCAAGGCACGGUGCCCUGGUAAUGAACCAAGAAAUGCGGCAAUGUGAACUUCCCAAUGCUAUAGGCAUUUCUUGCAGUCUACUUUCAUUUCUUUUUGUUCUCUACUUAAGGCGCGUUUCGCAGAACGUCAAAAAUGCGUAAUAGCAAUUGGACAAUUUUAUCUGCUUGGUAUCCUCGUAACAUCGUUUUCCUAUGCGAGCUUUUUGCAGACUUUUUUUAGGUUGUGCUUUAAGCAUUAUGGGAUAUCUAUAGUGCCAAUUUGAUGUUUUGUGUCUCAGAAGCCAAAACAAAUAUCAUAGCCAGCCCCUGAACGUUUUUAGGUGAACUAAAGAACGUCCUGAUCACAUCUCCGAUCUCAAUGUUGACGUGUGAUAAAAAAAAGAAGCUCACACUCAGCAAGUGGGGUUUUGUUAGUGUGUUUCAGCCAUGAGUGAUAUGUCUGAACCCGCACUUGCAAAAUAAUGCGGCCUCAUGUGGUUACAUGACCUCCACACAAUAUACCUGUUCCCGGGAAGCAUGUUAUCUUCUAUGAGUACGCUAUACUAUACAAUAAUGUUUUUCCGUAAGUCCGAACACGUCGUACUUCUGUGAGUGCAAAUUCUGUCUAACAAUACAGUUUCUCGCUGAAAUAGACCUGUGUUUUCUAGAGCAAUGCAGAAAUAACAAGACGGUGCGGCACUAAGGUCACCGAGUACGCCAGUAUUAGAAGCAGAUCUGUGUGCACCAUAGCAUGUGCUGUUAUGCCUCGCAUUCCACAACUUAUUCUUAGAAAGCCUUGCGCGAAACGUGCCACUUUCUUAGUAAGUAAGCAAACGAAAUAAAUAUAUAGCAAGUCUCAAGUACACUCAUGAAAAUGUUGAAAUUGUAGCACAAGCAGACGUUUGCAGGAAUGCCAUUACAAGCAGAUGCCGUAUGCAGUGCUCUCAAUGUUUCGCAGUAAAAUUCACGCGCCAUUUCACACGGCCGUGCAUGACGUAAAAUUUGCUGCUUACGGGAACUUUAUGGAACUAGUUCCUUACGAUUACGACGAACGACAGAUUCUUCAGUAAACAGUCGUUAAGGCAAGUAGUUCCAUUUGUACAAUGACGAUAGUGUAAGCAACAGAAAACACUUGGUAGUCAUUUCUAGUACUUCAUGAAUUGUGUGCGCUGUACUGGCUACGGUAAACAGAAAUAAAAACUCAUAUUUUCAAUA